AUGAUUAUUAAAAAUAUUUAUUUAUUGAUUUUGUUGGUAUUUAUGGUGAAUAUCGUACAAUUUGCUAACGGUGAUGGCAUGAUAGAGGUUUUUGGCUGGAAACAAAUGGACUUUUACAAUCGUGGCGACAGAGUUCCGAAUGAGAACGGAAAAGAGUUGCCUGGAGGAGAAGGACAUAAAAAACGACCACCAUCCGAUGCAAUCGUAUUCCCCGACCAACUGCAUGGCUUGUUGAAAAGCGCUGAAAAAAACAAACUUGGAAUAAAAUUUUCAGAGAAACGAUUUGAAAAUGAAGGCGCAAACGCUUCUUACAUUCAAUACAAUAAUGUGCCCCAGGGCGUGACACACUACAAGGGUCGCUUAUUUGUGACAACGCCACGACGUAGUAUUGGCAUACCGUCCACCUUGAAUUACAUCGACUUACAGAAGGAUGGCAAACAAUAUAGUCCGAAACUGCAUGCAUACCCCGAUUUCGAAACAAACUAUCUAAAUCCAAAUUUUCCAGCAAAUCCUAAACGCAUUAUUUCGGUUUACCGCACCACGGUGGAUGCCUGCAAACGCCUAUGGUUCAUCGAUACGGGCAUGCUCGAGUAUCCCGACAAUCGCACGCAGGUGCAGCGACCGGCAAUUUGGGUGAUUGAUUUAUCGAACGAUCAGGUAUUGCAUCGCUACGAAAUUCCAGAGACUAUCGUGGACAUAGGGCGAGGACUAGCAAGCAUAGCUGUAGAUGUUUUUGAACGAGCAUGCAACGACGCCUUCGCCUAUGUACCAGAUCUGGUGCAUCGACAGUUGUUUGUUUUUAGCUUAAAGGAUAACCGCAUGUGGGGUUUCAAACACAAUUACUUCGACAUCGAUCCGAACAUUGGUGAACUGUAUAUCGGUGGCCAAACCUUCCGUUGGGAUGAUGGUAUCUUCUCGAUUACCCUCGGUCCAUAUGCAGAAGACGGUUAUCGUACGGUGUACUUCCAUCCGAUGGCUAGCAAUAACGAGUUCGUGGUGGACAGUAGUGUCCUGCAGAAUGAGGCUAAUGCCGCACGUAGCGAUCACGGCAACGAUUUUCGUCUAUUGGGUAGUCGUGGAGACAAUCAUCGAUCCACUAUGCAUUCUUGUGACCAAAAGAGCGGUAUUAUUUUCUAUGCGGAAAUACAACGUAACGGUAUUGGUUGUUGGAAUACAAACAAACCAUUUUCCGCACAAAAUCAUGGCACCGUAGCACAAGAUGCACAACGUAUGAUAUAUCCCAGUGAUUUGACGAUUGAUGACGAAGACAAUAUCUGGAUGAUGACCAAUUCAAUGCCGAUAUUUAUUUAUUCAACACUUGAUCCGAAUGUGGUGAAUUUCCGCGUGUGGAAGCAGAAUGUCAAUGAAGCUGCAAAGAAUACUGUCUGUGCACCCUAACAUGCAAUUUUAUAUGGAAAAUAAUUUACAAGCAUUUCUGUAACUGAGCUUUG